GAGUGUUGCAUAAAAGAGAAAAGGAAAGGAGGGAUAGCGUAGUAGAAUAAAGCAAAAGCGAAGGUCUUUCUCAUACACGGAUCCCCAUGGAAUGCGGGAAGGAUGCCUAGCAUUGCUUGCUGGAACACAUUCUUUUUGUUUAGUUUAAAGGAACUUGCUUUGUUUCCUUUAGAAAUGUGUCCACCGAGACACCCCUUAUAUACAUUACAUACACACCAACACACUCACAUAUAAUAGAGAGAGAGAGAGAGUUUUAUAGAUGAUGCAGUUUCUUGCAGGACCUAGAUAGAUUUUUUUACAUUGUUUGUUAGAUUUGGCCGUCAGUUUUGCAACCAAGACAAAAAUUAUUUAUUUAGCAAAAUCUAAAGGAAAAAAAAUUGGUCUAAAUGGUGGUGUGGGGAUGCUAGAUAGUGGAUAUGGUUUCCCAAUUAUUAGUUUUUGAGUAGAUAGAUAUAUUUCCCUUCUUUGGUGAAGGAGUGAGUGAGUGAUUUGUUAAGAGAGAAAAAUGAAGAGUAUGGAAAAUGAUGACACUGUUGACCUUAAUAAUCAAAACAACAACUGGUUGGGUUUCUCACUCUCUCCUCAAAUGAAUAAUAAUAAUAUAGGAGUUUCUACACACACACAACCUUCCUCUGCUGCCGCUGAAGUGGUUCCUACAAGCUUCUACCACACUACUCCACUUAGUAGCUAUGGUUUCUACUAUGGACUUGAAGCGGAAAAUGUUGGAUUGUAUUCAGCUUUGCCUAUCAUGCCCCUCAAAUCUGAUGGCUCUCUCUAUGGAAUGGAAGCUGUGAGCAGGUCACAAGCACAAGCAAUGGCUACUACUUCAACACCAAAACUGGAGAACUUCUUAGGUGGGGAAGCAAUGGGGACCCCUCAUCAUCACUAUGAAUGUAGUGCCACAGAAACAAUGCCUCUGAGCUUAGACAGUGUUUUUUACAACCAACCCUCACGCCGUGACCAAAAUAAUAACCAAACUUACCAAAACCAUGUCCAACACAUUAGCACUCAACAACAACAGCAACAAGAACUUCAAGCAUAUUACUCUACCUUGAGAAACCAUGAUAUGAUGUUAGAAGGGUCCAAGCAAAGCCAAACUUCAGAAAACAACAACAACAAUCUUCAGGUUCAAAACAUGGGUGAUGAUGCUGUUUCUGUUCCUGUUGCUGGCCUUAAGAGUUGGGGAGUGAGGAACUUCCAAGCUAGCCAUGCACAUGAGUCAAAGAUGAUUGUUCCUCAUCAUGUGGAGGAAAAUGGUGGUGAAUCAGGGUCCAUUGGAUCAAUGGCUUAUGGUGACUUGCAAUCUUUGAGCUUGUCCAUGAGUCCUAGCUCUCAGUCUAGCUGCGUCACAAGUUCACACCGUGCUUCAUCUGCUGUCAUUGAUUCUGCUGCCAUGGAUACAAAGAAGAGGGGAUCUGAAAAAGUUGACCAGAAGCAAAUUGUUCAUAGGAAGUCCAUUGACACCUUUGGACAAAGAACCUCUCAAUAUAGAGGUGUAACACGGCAUAGGUGGACUGGGAGAUAUGAAGCUCAUCUUUGGGACAACAGCUGCAAGAAAGAGGGGCAAAGCAGGAAAGGAAGACAAGUUUAUUUAGGGGGUUAUGAUAUGGAAGAAAAAGCUGCAAGAGCUUAUGAUCUAGCUGCACUCAAGUAUUGGGGACCCUCCACUCACAUAAACUUUCCUUUGGAAAAUUAUCAAAAUGAACUUGAGGAAAUGAAGAACAUGACUAGACAAGAGUAUGUUGCUCAUUUGAGAAGAAAAAGCAGUGGAUUCUCAAGAGGGGCUUCCAUGUACAGAGGAGUAACAAGGUCUCAUAGGCCAACAACCACUCACAGACACCACCAACAUGGAAGGUGGCAAGCUCGAAUUGGUAGAGUGGCUGGAAACAAAGAUCUAUAUCUUGGAACCUUCAGUACACAAGAGGAAGCAGCUGAAGCCUAUGACAUUGCUGCUAUAAAAUUCCGAGGAGGGAAUGCUGUAACCAACUUUGACAUAACAAGAUAUGAUGUUGAGAAAAUCAUGGCAAGCAGCAACCUUCUUAGCAGCGAGCUUGCUAGGCGCAACCAAGAGACGACGGACAAUGGAACUCAGUACAUUGAUCAAAAUCACAAUAAGCCUUCUGCAUAUGAGGACACUCAAGAAGCUGCUAUUCUGAUGCAUCAGAAGAGCUGUGAGACCCAAAAUGAUCAGUGGAAGAUGGUUCUCUACCAACAAUCCUCUCAGCAACUUGAGCAGAAUAUUCCACCGAGAAUUGAGAGUGACAGAACUAACCAGUCCUUCUCAGUGGCUUUGGAAAACAUGUUUCAUCAAGAAGUAGAGGAAUCAAGUAAGGUGAGAACACAUGUGUCAAAUCCUUCUUCAUUGGCCACAAGUUUGAGCAGCUCAAGAGAAUGUAGCCCUGAAAGGACAAGCUUGCCAAUGCUCUCUGGAGUGCCUUCAACUUCAUCAAAACUAUUGGCUACUAAUCCAAAUAACGUGAAUUCUUGGGACCCUUCACCCCAUUUGAGGCCAGCACUUACUUUGCCUCAAAUGCCAGUUUUUGCAGCUUGGACAGAUGCAUAGUUUCAUAGCUCAAUGGUCCUUUUAAUUUUUUGUUCACUCAAGUAAAAUUUCAAUCCUUUUUAUUGUCUUUUUUGCAUGCAUGGACAACACGAGAGGAAAGAGGUUGGUAGCUAGUAAAAUUGAGGGUCUAAAUAUUAUUAUCACUAUCAGCAAGUUUAAUUUAAACUUUCAGAUCGUUACAUUUUUAACAUUUUACUAGUAAAGAACUCCUGAAUUUUCAUUUUAAUCAUAUCCUUGUAGCCAGAUUUUGUCAAUUCAAUGAUAGAAACGGACGAGAAGGGCUAUAAAAAGGUUAUGAUUGAGAGGGUGAAAUUAUUAAGGCAAUAUGGGGGGAGACACCAUUCAAUAUUGAUCAUUAGUUCCAACAUUGCUGGUCCUCCUAAGUACAGAACCCAGCUCAGAAUGUGUCCAAAUUAAGCAGAACUGGGCCUUGAGAUAUAUAUGAAUAAUGAAUUUUAAUUUUAA